AUGAUGCAAGAAGAACCAAUUUUAAAAGAGAAUAAAGAUAGAUUCGUUCUGUUUCCCAUUAAACAUCAAGAUGUCUGGAAGUUUUACAAGAAAGCGGAAGCAUCGUUUUGGACAGCGGAGGAGAUUGACUUGGCACCCGAUCUAAGAGAUUGGCAAGAUAAACUGAACGAUAACGAACGAUAUUUUAUUAGCAAUGUUCUGGCGUUUUUCGCUGCUUCCGACGGUAUAGUAAAUGAGAAUCUGGCAACACGCUUCAUGUCCGAAGUGCAGAUACCAGAGGCUCGUUGUUUCUAUGGCUUCCAAAUCGCUAUGGAGAACAUUCAUUCCGAGACCUACAGCUUAUUGAUCGAUACCUAUAUUCAGAAUCCAGCCGAGAAGACAAAGUUGUUCAAUGCAAUCGAGACAAUUCCAUGUGUACAGAAGAAAGCUAAUUGGGCACUGAAAUGGAUAUCUAAUUCCACAUCAUUUGCAGAGAGACUAGUAGCUUUCGCCGCUGUUGAAGGUAUUUUCUUUUCCGGUAGUUUUUGUUCUAUUUUUUGGCUGAAAAAGAGGAAUUUGAUGUCAGGACUAUGCUCAUCCAACGAGUUUAUUAGCCGUGAUGAAGGAUUACAUUGUCAGUUUGCAUGUCUUCUCUAUUCUAAAUUGGUAAAUAAGCUAGAUGCCAAAACAAUUGAAUCAAUUAUUCGUGAUGCUGUAGAUUGUGAGAAGGAGUUUAUCACUCAGUCACUUCCGGUCGAUCUAAUUGGGAUGAACAACCGCCUUAUGUCCGAGUAUAUCGAAUUUGUCGCCGAUCAUCUCAUUGUUGCUCUUGGCUACAAGAAGAUCUACAACACUGCCAACCCAUUCGAUUGGAUGGAGUUAAUCUCUAUUGACACCAGAACAAACUUUUUCGAACAUCGCAAUACGUCAUACACCAUACCAGGUGUUGCAGUCAAAUCAACCUAUGAAUUUAAUACAAAUGCUGACUUUUAA